AUGGCAGAUUCGCUGAAGCCGGUGACGCUCCACUACAUGAAUUAUCGUGAAGAUUUGGCAAGAGAUCAAGAUGAAAAAUUACAGAUUUUCCACAUCUACGGCAACAUUUCGCCCUCUCACCCGUCUUCCGCAUCUAACUUUCCCACGCUUUUCUUUGGGCUCUCAAUCGGAUGGGUUUCACCGUCAAUACCGCAGCUGCUGUCGCCGGAAAGUCCUCUGCCGAGUGGCCCAAUCAGUGUGGACGAGGCCUCGUGGGUCAGUUCCAUACCGUACUUGUCCGGUGCCUUUGGAACGGUGAUAUUUGGGUGGCUUGUGGAUCAUCUCGGAAGGAAGUACAGUGUCUAUAUUGGCGCCGUCCCCAACAUAAUUGCGUGGCUGCUGAUAGCGUUUGCCAACAAUGUUAUCUACUUGUAUAUCUCGAGAGUGUUUAUUGGAAUCGCAGCUGGGGCAGUGUUCGUUACUGUGCCGCUCUUCGUGGCGGAAAUAGCCGAAAAUUCAAUUCGCGGAAUUCUGGGCAGCAUCUUGGGCAUCUUAGUGACCGUUGGGAUUCUCAUUGGCCAGGUGAUCUGCACAUACAUGAAGUUCUUCAUGGCACCCUAUGUGAUGCUCGGCAUGUGUAUCUUCUUCUUCGCCGUCUUCCCCGUCUUUCCCGACACACCACAGUAUCUUCUGAGGCGCAACAGGAGUGUCGAGGCCGAAGAUGCACUCAAUUAUUACCGUGGUGUCAAUCAGGAGUCCGAGGGGGAUUUACUGGCACAAGUCAAUCAGGAAAUGGAGCAACUGAGACAGGAGCAAGUUGCCUCGACCGCCACAACUUCCAUCACCAUGGCAGAUUUCCGCUCUCUGGCCACAAGAAAAGCCCUCGUCAUUGCAACAAUCCUCUUCAUGGGGCGAAAUAUGUGCGGCCUGUUUCCACUCAUCAAUUUCACUGAGAGCAUCUUUAGAGCCAGUGAAACAACACUGGAUUACUCCGUAUCCACCUUCAUAGUCUCCACCCUGGCCAUUCUCGCCUGCAUUCUUUGCACCGUUCUGGUGGACCGAACUGGCCGCCGCCUGGUCCUAAUUGCGUCCUGUGGUGGAUCUGCACUUGGUCUCUUGGGAUUAGGGGUGUUUUUCCUCGUGAAAUCUGAGGGCGUCGACGUGAGCCUGAUCGGAUGGUUUCCCCUUGUAACCUUCUCCAUCUUCGUCUUCCUGGCAAAUUUCGGAGUCGUCACAGUGCCACAUUUCGUCGGCGCUGAGAUCCUCACCUUCAAGAUACGCGGUAUUGUGUUUAGCAUAAUGAUGCUGGUGUCCUGGCCGCUGCUCUUCCUCCUGACGCACUUCUUCCUCAUAGUGGCCGAGGAGUACGAGAUGUACUACUUUGUGUUUGCAUUCUUCGCCUGGUGCGUCUUCCAGACCAUCUACACUAUCUUCUGGGUGCCCGAGACGAAAGGCAGGAGUCUCGAGGAAAUCAGCAGCCUCAUGGUGAGGCACUCAUGAUGCGGGCGAAGAUCCACCCGUCCAAUAGUCGAGGGAACUGCACAGAA